UUCUCAGUUGUUUGGGUAACUGCUGUAACAAGAAGCGUUUGGUGAAAGACAAACAGGUUUAAACUGCAGUCAGGCGAUUAUUUCCAGUCUCUAAACGGUACCAACCGAACCUCCUCAGGCAGCUGUGUCCCAUGGAGCGGACUGACCGCGGAAAGGACCCACAGCUGCUGAGGAACCAGCCCUACGACGAGAGCCUGGACGUGGAGGACGGAGAGGAGGUACCGAGUGUCUACAGCCCGACUCCCCGAGGACAGAGACAGACCGAGUGGAGCAGCAGGAAGGUUCUGGGCACCAUGUCCACCAGCAGCAGCAGCAGCAGCAGCAGGAACCAGCUGGAUGAGGAGCACAGACCUGUGAGGGCCACAGAGCCGGCGGGGCUGAAGCCAGGGCCCGGUCUGACCCAGGAGGAAGAGGAGGAGGAAGAAGAGGAGGACUCCGAUGAGGAUGAAUCUGAUGAAGAUGAUGAUGACGAUGAGCCCACUGAGACUCUGGAUGGAGUCUACGACCCUGCAGACUACUCCAACCUGCCGGUUACCACGGAGAUCAGAGAGCUGUUCCAGUACAUCACCCGGUACACUCCUCAGAACCAGGAACUGGACCUCUGUCUCAAGCCCUUCAUCCCGGACUUCAUUCCCGCUGUAGGAGACAUCGACGCCUUCCUGAAGGUUCCAAGGCCGGAUGGGAAACCAGACAAUCUGGGCCUGCUGGUUCUGGAUGAGCCCAGUGUGAAACAGUCGGACCCGACGGUUCUGUCUCUGUUUCUGUCGGAGGAAACCAAGCAGCACGGAACCACAGAGCUGAAGAAGGUUCCGAGCGUGGCGGGCCCGCGGACCAACCCCCGGGCCGUGGACAGCUGGGUGGACAGCAUCAGCGCGCUGCACCGGUCCAAGCCGCCGGCCAGCGUGCGGUACAGCAGAACCAUGCCGGACCUGGACAGCCUGAUGCAGGAGUGGCCCCCGGAGGUGGAGGAGCUGCUGGGGGCCCUGCAGCUGCCGCCGGCCCGGCUGGCCUGCAGCCUGCCGCAGUACGCCGACCUGGUCUGCAGCCUGCUGGACGUCCCCGUCCACGGAACCAGGGUCCAGAGCCUGCACCUGCUCUUCAGCCUCUACCUGGAGUUCAGAGACUCCCAGCACUUCACCAGCCGAGUGUAGGCAGAGGUCAGAGGUCAGGGGCCACAGCCCUGGCUUAGUGCUGCAGCGGUUCUGAUGACUGAGGGGUUCUGGUUUCAGAUUAUUUCUCUGGUUCUGCUGUCAAAUAAAGAGUGAAAGCAGGAGAAUCAUACAGAACCAAAGGGUUCUGGUCGGGUUCAGAGAUGAGGAACCGUCUCAUCUCCACAUCAUUAACCUGUGUGAAGAAUUAAUUUACAUCCAGCAGCUGGUUCUGGUUCCCAGAGAGAAACGGGACCUGCUGCAGCUGGCGUCUGAGUCUCAGACGUCCCAGUGGCAGUGAACGCACCAUCUGUUCUGCAGGAAUGUCCCAACAUGUCAGCCUGAAUCCAGACCAUCCAGUGAUCAGCGUCACCAUGGCAACAGGUUUCAAUUCAGGAAGUUUGACUUCAUUUCCUGAAGCAUUGAAGGAGUGGAACCAGAACCCGGUCAGAACCACCAGCAGGGAUGAAGGAGCAGAACCAGAGAAAUCAUCGUGACUCCUGUUGAUAAUUACAUUUUUAAACCUGAACUCCAUCGAAGGUCGGGUUCUGCUGAGGGCUUCCUGAUCUGAUGGAGCAGAGACGGGUCUGAAGCAGCGCAGGCCUGAACCCGACAGAACUUCCAGGUCACACUUUUUAUUUUCCAAAUAAAAUUACAAAAAAUAA